CCCCCCCCCCAUCACCCCCUCCUCCUUUUUUUUUUCUUUUUUCUUCCAGCCUGCCAAGCCCUGAUCAGCUCAGGCUGGGAGCCCCCCCUGGCAUCCUAUGGGUUAACAGCUGGAGCAGUUUUUUUUGUACAGGGGGGGGGUUGUCCCCCUACAGCAAGCUUUUCCAAAAAAAGAAAAGGAGCUGCAAUUAAUCGAGGGGGGCCAUGAGGGGGCCCCUGGGGAGUGAAGAGGAGCCGGUGGAGGAGCAGGAAGACAUGUCAGACGAGGAAGAAAGAGGAAUGGAAGAGCCGGAGAUAGAGGAGGAGGAAUUCUUCCCCGAGGAACAGGUCCCCGCUCCGAGGAGGAAGAAACCCAAAAAAUACAAAGAGAUCAAGGCGACCAAGACAAAGAGGAGGAAAAAAGAGGGCAGCGAUGAGGAAUUCUCGGACAACGAGGAGGAGAUGUUGCUGGAAAAGUCGGAUAGUGAAGGAAGUGACUACGCUCCCAACAAGAAAAAGAAGAAAAAGCUUAAAGAAAAGAAAGAGAAAAAAAACAAGCGCAAAAAGAAAGAUGGCGAAGACGAGGAUAACGAAGAAGGAUGUAUAAAGGAGCCAAAGACCUCAGCCCAGCUGAUGGAGGAGUGGGGUCUGGACAAUGUGGAAUACAGUUUCUCUGAAGAGGAUUAUCACACGCUGACCAACUACAAGGCCUUCAGCCAGUUCCUGAGGCCUUUAAUAGCCAAGAAGAAUCCCAAGAUCCCCAUGUCCAAGAUGAUGACCGUGCUUGGUGCCAAAUGGCGGGAGUUCAGCUCCAACAACCCACUGAAAGGCAGCUCGGCGGCGGCAGCUGCAGCGGCGGUGGCGGCUGCUGUUGAGACUGUGGCGGUUGCUCCUCCCCUCCUUGUUGAGCCUCUGCCGCCUCCUCAGCCUCCGCCUAUAAGGAAGGCAAAGACUAAGGAAGGGAAAGGCCCUGGUGUCAGAAAAAAAUCAAAAUCCAAAGAUGCAAAAAAGAAGGGCAAAGGCAAGAAGACUUCAACGCUAAAGUUUAAAUUUGGAGGGAUGGCGAGCAAGCGAAAAAAGGGAUCUUCGAGCGAUGAAGACGAGAGGGAUGAGUCGGAUUUUGAUAGUGCCAGUAUUAACAGUUCCUCCAUCCGAUCGGAUCUGUCUGGGCUGGGAAAAAGAACGAAACGGAGAAGGAAAAAAAAGCGAGCUGACGUCGGAGGAGAAGGAGACGGCUAUGAGACGGACCAUCAGGAUUACUGUGAAGUCUGCCAGCAAGGAGGGGAGAUCAUUCUUUGUGACACUUGUCCUCGUGCCUAUCACCUUGUCUGCCUGGAUCCAGAACUGGAGAAAGCCCCCGAGGGCAAGUGGAGCUGCCCACACUGUGAAAAAGAAGGCAUCCAAUGGGAGCCAAAGGAGGAAGAGGAGGAUGAAGAGGAGGGAGUUGAAGAAGAGGAUGAGGAGGAUGACCAUAUGGAGUUCUGUCGCGUCUGUAAAGACGGAGGGGAGCUCUUGUGCUGCGACACUUGCCCCUCCUCCUACCAUUUGCACUGUCUUAACCCACCCCUGCCUGAAAUACCGAACGGUGAAUGGUUAUGCCCGCGUUGCACGUGUCCGCCAUUAAAGGGCAAAGUUCAACGGAUCCUGCACUGGAAGUGGAUUGAAGCGCCUUCGUUUGCACCAGCCCCUCCUCCUCUGAUUGAUCCACUCAUGCCACCACCUAAGCCUAUGGAAGGGAUUCCAGAGAGAGAGUUCUUUGUCAAGUGGGCGGGGCUUUCUUACUGGCACUGCUCAUGGGUGAAAGAAUUACAGCUGGAGCUCUACCACACAGUUAUGUUCCGAAAUUACCAAAGAAAGAACGAUAUGGAUGACCCGCCGCCCUUUGACUACGGGUCAGGGGACGAGGACAGCAAGAGUGAGAAAAGAAAAAAUAAAGACCCCCAGUAUGCAAAAAUGGAAGAGAAGUAUUACCGCUAUGGGAUCAAGCCAGAGUGGAUGAUGAUACAUCGGCUAAUGAACCACAGUCUCGACAAGAAAGGAGACAUCCAUUAUCUGCUUAAGUGGAAGGACUUGCCCUACGACCAGUGCACCUGGGAGAUUGAUGACAUCGACAUUCCAGACUACGAGAACCUCAAAGUAGCUUACUGGGACCACAGGGAGUUGAUGUUGGGAGAAGAAGUGAGAACUCCGGCCAAAGUUCGGAACAUCAGAAAACUGAAGGACGAAAAAGACAAACCUCCGCUGACACCUAUAGUUGACCCCACAGUGAAGUUUGACAAACAGCCGUGGUACAUCAACACCACCGGUGGCACUUUGCACCCAUACCAACUGGAGGGACUCAACUGGCUGAGGUUUUCCUGGGCGCAGGGGACAGACACGAUCCUCGCAGAUGAGAUGGGACUAGGGAAGACCGUUCAGACGAUCGUGUUCCUCUAUUCUCUCUACAAAGAGGGUCACUCUAAAGGUCCGUACCUUGUGAGCGCUCCGUUAUCCACCAUCAUCAACUGGGAGCGAGAAUUUGAAAUGUGGGCGCCGGAGUUUUAUGUGGUGACGUACACUGGCGAUAAGGACAGCAGAGCCAUUAUUCGGGAAAACGAAUUCUCCUUUGAGGACAACGCCAUCAGAAGUGGGAAGAAAGUGUUCAGAAUGAGAAAAGAAGCUCAAAUAAAGUUCCACGUGUUGCUGACAUCGUACGAACUCAUUACGAUCGACCAUGCAGUCCUGGGCUCCAUCGAGUGGGCGUGUCUGGUGGUGGAUGAAGCUCACAGACUCAAGAACAACCAAUCAAAAUUCUUUAGGGUAUUAAAUAGCUACAAGAUCGACUACAAACUGCUGCUCACUGGGACGCCGCUCCAGAAUAACCUCGAGGAACUCUUUCAUCUUCUCAACUUCCUGACCCCUGAGAGAUUCAACAAUCUGGACGGGUUCCUGGAAGAGUUUGCCGAUAUCUCCAAGGAAGACCAAAUUAAAAAACUCCAUGACUUGCUGGGGCCUCACAUGCUACGGCGGCUGAAAGCAGAUGUCUUCAAGAACAUGCCGGCCAAAACAGAAUUAAUAGUGCGGGUGGAGCUCAGCCAAAUGCAGAAGAAGUAUUAUAAGUUCAUAUUGACCCGGAAUUUUGAGGCAUUGAACUCUAAAGGUGGAGGAAACCAGGUGUCCCUGCUGAAUAUCAUGAUGGACUUGAAGAAAUGCUGCAACCACCCGUACCUUUUCCCUGUAGCUGCUGUGGAGGCGCCGGUGUUGCCAAACGGGUCUUACGAUGGAAGCUCUUUAGUGAAAUCCUCCGGGAAGUUGAUGCUGCUACAAAAAAUGCUGAAGAAGCUGAAAGACGGAGGACACCGAGUCCUUAUAUUCUCUCAGAUGACAAAAAUGCUGGAUUUACUUGAAGAUUUCCUGGAGUAUGAAGGCUACAAGUACGAGCGGAUAGAUGGCGGGAUCACAGGAGGGCUGCGCCAAGAGGCAAUUGACAGGUUUAAUGCUCCAGGAGCUCAGCAGUUCUGUUUCUUACUGUCUACCAGAGCUGGAGGUCUCGGGAUCAACUUGGCCACCGCUGACACCGUCGUUAUCUACGACUCCGACUGGAACCCCCAUAAUGACAUUCAGGCUUUUAGCCGAGCACAUCGUAUCGGGCAGAAUAAAAAGGUAAUGAUCUACCGUUUUGUCACACGGGCCUCUGUAGAGGAGAGAAUCACCCAGGUAGCCAAGAGGAAAAUGAUGCUCACUCACCUCGUCGUACGUCCGGGGCUCGGCUCCAAAUCUGGCUCCAUGUCGAAGCAAGAACUGGAUGAUAUUUUAAAGUUUGGAACCGAAGAGUUGUUUAAGGACUAUGUUGAAGGUGACAAUAAGGAUGUUGAAGACAGCAGUGUCAUCCACUACGACGAUGGCGCCAUCUCAAAACUGCUGGACCGGAACCAAGACGCUACAGAGGAUACUGAGAUCCAGAACAUGAACGAGUACCUGAGCUCUUUCAAAGUGGCUCAGUAUGUUGUGCGGGAGGAGGACGGAGUGGAGGAAGUGGAGCGGGAAAUCAUCAAACAAGAAGAGAACGUGGAUCCCGAUUACUGGGAGAAGCUGCUGCGUCACCAUUAUGAGCAGCAGCAGGAAGACCUCGCCAGGAAUCUUGGAAAAGGAAAGCGGAUCCGUAAGCAAGUCAACUACAAUGAUGCUUCUCAGGAGGAUCAAGGUGAUAUGCGCGAAUGGCAAGAUGAUCUCUCUGACAACCAAUCAGAAUAUUCCGUUGGCUCAGAGGAUGAAGACGAAGAUUUUGAGGAGAAGCCUGAAGGUCAGAGUGGCAGGAGACAGUCUCGAAGACAGCUGAAGAAUGACCGGGACAAACCACUCCCACCGCUUUUAGCGAGGGUCGGAGGGAAUAUUGAGGUUCUUGGGUUUAACGCUAGACAACGUAAGGCCUUCCUAAAUGCAAUAAUGAGAUGGGGAAUGCCUCCGCAGGAUGCCUUCAAUUCACACUGGCUCGUCCGGGACCUCCGUGGAAAGAGCGAGAAAGAAUUUAGGGCGUACGUGUCUUUGUUUAUGAGACACCUCUGUGAACCGGGGGCUGACGGGGCAGAAACCUUUGCCGACGGCGUCCCAAGAGAAGGACUUUCUCGCCAGCAUGUCCUCACCAGAAUCGGAGUCAUGUCACUGGUCCGAAAGAAGGUCCAGGAAUUCGAACAGGUCAAUGGCAAGUGCAGCACCCCGGAUAUGAUUCCAGAGGGGACGGAGAACAGGAAAUGUUUUGACACGGCUUCUUCAGAUCCCACCACGCCGGUUCCAGCCAGUCCCGCUCCCAUACAGCCAGGUGCUGUGGCUCUUUCAGAAAAAAGUGAGACGCCAUCUUUGUUAUCUGAGGAAGUGGAGAGCACGGAACAAAAGCCCGUACAGCAGUCAGAGCCUCCGCCGCCAACCGAACAGGAGAAGGAAGAACCUGAAGAAAAAAGUGAGAGUGUAGAAGGAAAAGAAAAGCAAGUAAAAGAUGGUGUUGAAGAAGAAGAAGAGGAAAAAGACUCUACUGAGCAGACUCCUAAAGCUGAAGCACUUCCAGAAGAGAAAUCCUCGGAAAAACCCGGACUGAACAGCACUCAGACCAAAACCGAGGACAAGGAACUCAAGUCAGAAGAGGAAAACAAACCUGAGGAAAAAGAAGAAUGUGUGAAGCAACAAAAUGGAGAAAAUUGUAUAAAACAAGAAGACGAAAGCGGGAAACAGGAUGAUGGCGGAAAGUUUAAAUUUAUGUUUAACAUUGCGGACGGCGGGUUCACAGAACUCCACACGUUAUGGCAGAACGAAGAACGAGCCGCCGUCUCUUCUGGCAAAAUCUACGACAUAUGGCACAGGAGGCACGAUUAUUGGUUGCUUGCUGGGAUUGUCACACAUGGCUAUGCCCGCUGGCAGGAUAUACAGAACGACCCUUGCUACUUAAUAUUAAAUGAGCCUUUUAAAUCUGAGAUACACAAAGGAAACUACCUGGAGAUGAAGAAUAAAUUUCUGGCUCGAAGAUUUAAGCUUCUGGAACAAGCACUUGUAAUUGAAGAACAGCUGAGAAGAGCCGCCUAUCUCAAUAUGACCCAGGACCCCAACCACCCAGCCAUGGCGCUGAAUGCCCGACUGGCGGAAGUGGAGUGCCUCGCUGAGAGCCAUCAGCAUCUCUCCAAAGAGUCUCUGGCAGGGAACAAGCCUGCUAAUGCCGUCCUACACAAAGUGCUGAACCAACUGGAAGAGCUGCUGAGUGACAUGAAGGCCGAUGUGACCCGUUUGCCCUCCAUGCUGUCCCGGAUACCCCCGGUGGCAGCCCGCCUGCAGAUGUCCGAGCGCAGUAUUCUCAGCCGGCUGACCAACCGAGGAGGAGAAGCCACAGUCCAGGGGACCUUUGGCUCCACACAGAUGUACAACAAUAGUUUUGGUCCAAACUUCCGAGGGCCCGGUCCAGGCAGUAUGGUUAAUUAUAGCCAGAUGCCCAUGGGCCCCUACGUGGCAGCUUCAAAUGGGCCGCACCCUUGUUACGCGGACAGAAAGUCGAUCGAGUCCCUCCUGGACGGAGCAUCGUUGGAUCGGAAGGGAAGACCCCACGAUAUCAUUUUUAUUGAAGAUUAAGAAGCAUAUCGCGCCCAGAGACAGCCAUAUAACCACAUUUCUAACGUCCUACAAAAACCAUCCAAUGAACUUCUUUUAAAAAAAAAAAAAAGGGAUUUAAUUUCCUUUGUACAUUUUUUGCACUUUCUUAUUGAAGACUUGAAGAGUUUGUCUUGUUUAAAAAAAACUGAAACACAGACGGGGGAUACAAUGAUAUUUAAAAGUUUCUUUCUUAUCCGAGGAAACGGCUUUGUUGUCGAGGAACCAACUUAUAUGCAGCUUUUUGACUUUGUUAAAUCUUUUCUGGUUAUUUUGUUGGACAAAGCUGCAUGCACUUAUUUGGCCCUUCAGAUAACAUUAGCUGGUCACGGUGUGAAGAAAACAACAACAAAAAAAAAAAACACAUUCCCAUACUGCCAUCUUCGUGACUGGAAUACCGGAGCGAUCAUUACCGCUGCCGCCACUACAACAUUCUAAUACUACAAUUUUUGUAGCUGUAUUUUGCCAAAAGGUUAAAGCCGCCUGUUGUGCUUGUUUGUCUGUUCAUGUUCUAAAUAAACAAACUGCGCCCACCA